AUGGGCUCCCUCGCCGCUGCUCGGUUCGAGGUCCUGGACGAUACCCGUCCCGAGGACACCUCGCUGCCGGCCUUCAUGGUGUCGACGACGCGUGGCUUCAUGCCGCGGAUGGACCCGCCCGCGAAGCUGCCCGCGGAGUUUGACGCGCUCGAGUCCAUCCUGCAGCGCAUGCCCGUCAAGAUGCUGUCGGGCGAGCCGGGCCUGCUGGCGCGGGGCGAGCUGGGGCCCGAGGUGGACUCGACGUUCCCGGACCUGACCGAGGCCAUGGACAAGUACAAGGAGGAUCUGCCUCUCAUGAACGCGCUGUACCGUGACUACUCGUUCCUGGCAUCGGCUUACCUGCUGGAGCCGUGCCACGAGCGUUCCGUCCGCGGCGAGGGCUACGGCCUGGGGCGGCAGGUGCUGCCCAAGAACAUUGCGCACCCUAUUGCGCGGUGCGCCGAGAUCUGCGGCUUCCAGCCCUUCAUGGAGUACGCCGGCUCGUACGCCCUCUUCAACUACCGCCUGGAGAACCCUGCGGCGGGGCUCGAGUACUCGAACCUGCGGCUCAUCCGGGCGUUUGAGCACGGGUUGCACCCGACGUCGUCGGAGGCAGGCUUCGUACUGGUGCACAUCGACAUGGUCAAGAACUCGGGCCCGUUGGUGGCGGGCACGAUGAAGUGCCUGGACGUGGCGUCCAAGAUGGACACGUCGUCGCUGGGGUCGCCGGCGGAGCGGGCCGAGUUCAACGAGGGCCUCACGAGCAUCCUCGAGGCGCUGCGCAAGAUCAACACCGUCAUGGAGACGAUGUGGGGCAAGUCGCGGCCGACCGAGUACACGAGCUUCCGGACCUUCAUCUUCGGCAUCACGUCGCAGUCCAUGUUCCCGGACGGCGUGGUGUACGAGGGGCUUAACGACAACAAGCCCAUGUCGUUCCGGGGCGAGUCCGGGGCCAACGACUCCAUGGUGCCGCUCAUGGACAACCUGCUGCAGGUGCCCAUGCCGGACACGCCGCUGACGGAGAUCCUCCGCGACUUUCGCUCGUACCGACCGAGCAACCACAAGGCGUUCCUGGAGUGGGUCAAGGGACGGUCGCAGGAGCUGGACCUGCGCAACUUUGCGCUCGGUCUUGGCCCCGGGGCCACCACGUCGGCGACGCAGGAGCAGCUGGACCUGCUGCGUGAGUCGCGGAGCCUCUGGCUGCAGGUGCUGGACCAGGUCCGCGACUUCCGGUGGCGGCACUGGUGCUUCGCGCGCGAGUACAUCCUCAAGCGCACGUCGCACCCGACGGCGACGGGCGGGAGCCCCAUCGUGACGUGGCUGCCGAACCAGCUCGAGGCGGUGCUCGAGGACAUGGCGACGAUCCACGCGCGCGUGCACCGCGAGGACGCGCGCGGGCUGGGCAAGACGGCCGAGGGGGUCAUGGAGGCGGCGCUGCGGCAGCGCGAGACGCUGCGCAAGGAGGUGGACAAGUACUGCGCGGAGCGCGGGGUGACUCGGGGUUGA